GCUUCUGUGAAUUACAGCACGAAAAAGGGGAUUGCAGUGCUACAACUUAACAACAAAAAUUCUAAAGUCAUAACCUUGACGGCAGCGCUCUCCAAUGAACUGAACCAAGCUUUUCAAAAAAUGCAAGAUGACCCCUCCGUGAAAGCUGGUGUCAUUAUAUCUGCCAAACCAGAUUGCUUUCUUGCUGGAGCGGAUAUCUCUAUGCUCGCUGCCUGCGAAUCUGAAGCGGAAGUCACAAAUUUGUCGACGGGAGCCCAGAAGCAACUGGCUGAUUUUGAGGCAGGGCCAAAACCACUUGUCGCUGCAAUUAUGGGUACCUGCCUUGGAGGUGGGUUGGAGCUGGCGCUCGCAUGCCAGUAUCGCAUUGCAGUUAACGACAAAAAAACUGCACUGGGUUUCCCAGAAGUCAAACUGGGACUCUUACCGGGAGCUGGUGGCACACAACGUGUUCUCUCAUCGGUGCUUGCUGUUGAUCAAGCAUUAAAACUCGUACUCACCGGCUCGACUCUAAAUGCGACAAGGGCGAAGAAAGCCGGCCUUGUGCACGAGGUAAUCCAACCACUUGGCCCAGGUAUUCAGUCAGCCUCUGACAAUACUUUGGCUUACCUUGAAGCCAUCGCCGUCGAUAAGGCUUGUGAGUUGGCUGACGGAAAACUUACUCCAUCCAAACCAACUCUAUCUUUGGUCCAAAAAGUUAUGCGCUAUUUCGUAGGCACCGCCUACGGACGUGGUGUCUUCUUCGACCGAGCCAAGAAGCAAGUCAUGGCCCAGACUAAGGGCCUCUACCCUGCUCCGCUCAGGAUAAUUGAGGUAAUGAAGACGUCUAUGGCUAAGGGUUCCGCGGUGGGUUAUCGGGAAGAGGCCAAGGCAUUCGGUCAGCUUGCAAUGACCUCAGAAUCCAAGGCUCUCUUUGGUCUCUUCUUUGGACACACCGAAUGCAAGCGCCGUCGAUUCCCAGCUCCAGUGAAGCCUGUAAAGUAA